AUGAACAUGAGAAAGGACGGCAAGAGGAGAAGACUCAAGAUUGGCAUUCGACCCCAGCUCAUCAUUCUUGUGUGCUUUUCCUCUCUUUUCUCCCUUUUGAUUCUAGCUGUGGUUACUGGCGUCUAUUAUUCAACCAAUCUCACGAACUUGAGAGCCGAGCGUUUGGAAGUUAUUGCCCAAAUAAAGGCUUCCCAAAUCGAGCAAACCGUGCAAUAUUUGUUGUACCAGACGUAUUGGCUCUCUACAAAAGAUAGUAUUGCAAAGCCUCUCUCAAAUUAUAGAGCGGGCAACAGCUCCAAAGCCGUCUUCGGCGACGCCCAAUAUGCGUUGGAUUCGUUCCUUUCCUCUUCCGAGAUGUUUGCCCUGGCGGCACUAUACGACUUGAACUCAAACAUUGUCGCCGAAUCUCGAAAUAACAACACAAAGGUUUCGUCAACUUUGGAGUCUGCACUAUACGCUUUGACAGAAAACACAACUAUCCCGUCUGCUAUUCAACAGUCCAGCAGUUCAGUAGAUACAAGGUACCUGCCAGAACUCGACGUAUACAUCACAGGGCCCCUACCAAAUGACACUUCCACAAAUGCCACGUACUUCAUGGGUAUAACACUACCAGUGUACUCAAAUUCAUCGAUCAUCCUACAGACAGCAGCGGUAGCAGGCUACCUCACCGUUAUUGCAGAUGCUGAUAUCAUUAAACUAUCACUUGAAUAUUUCGGACUGUCUGGAGACAACAAAUACUCAGUCUCUCUCGUGAAAGCAUACUACGAGAAUGCAACUGUGGCAGGCGAUGGACGUUAUGCUACUGGAUUUGAACUAUUGUUCCCAGUAGAAGGUGAUGAUAUGAUUCCAAACCAGUACUACGUCAUAGACUCAUCACCAGUAGUUAAACAUGCCCUUGUGGCUCAGGAAGGCGUGGUCCGAAAUGCUGAUUCCUUAGAUAAGGGCAAAGUAGCUGCCGGCUUUGCUACUAUGGAUAUCGAUUUACAGAACUAUUGGACAGUGAUGAUUGAGCAGAAGAGAUCAACAUUCCAGAGUCCUGUGGUGAAGCUUCGAAAUAUUAUGAUUGGAGUGGUCAUUGGUAUCGGGGUCUUCAUGUGCCUCAUCACAUUCCCUCUAGCAGUGUGGUUUGUCGCUCCCAUAACCCGGCUCAAAAAUGCGACUGAGGCAAUCACCAGGUCUCGGAAAGAAAAAGAUAAGGGUGGAAGCUUUUACGGUUCAGGAGAACGUCACGAUGACCCCAAUGGCGAUGGAGGAGGCGAUAAAGAAGUUCUUUCUUCCUCAUCAAAUGAUGGCAAUGGUGACGAACAAGAUAAAAAUAUCGUGACAACAAACUCUAAGCGUAACUCUGUGAAAUCGUUUGGCACCGGUUCUACAGCCUUUUCGACAGGCAUUCGUCUCCCAGAUCGUAUUCCGCCCUCAAAAAAGCUAUUUAAGGAUGAGCUAACAGAACUUUCAGAUGCCUUUAACAUUAUGACGGCAGAACUAGAGAAGCAGUACACUCACCUUGAAGAUCGAGUCAAGCUGAGAACCAAGGAGCUUGAGGCAUCUAAAAUCGAAGCUGAAGCAGCAAAUGAGUCAAAAACUAUAUUUAUUGCCAACAUUUCCCACGAGUUGAGAACUCCACUCAAUGGCAUCUUGGGAAUGACUUCUAUAGCUAUGGACGAUGAUGAUCCACUGCUGAUUCAUGACUCGCUUAAAUUGAUCCACAGAUCGGGUGAGCUUUUAUUGCAUAUUCUCACAGAACUUUUGACGUACUCCAAGAAUACAUUGAAUCGGUCAAAACUAGAGAAGUCUAAUUUCCAGGUAUUGGAAAUCCUUUAUCAAAUCAAGUCCAUCUUUGGAAAAUUGGCACUUGAUCAAAGAGUGAAUCUCAACAUUAGUUUACGUCCAAACUUCUUGCGAAAGUUGAUUCUUUAUGGUGACUCAAACAGAAUUAUUCAAGUCGUGAUGAACCUCGUUUCAAAUAGUCUUAAGUUUACGCCCGUUGAUGGCUCUGUGGAUGUCUCGUUCAAGCUACUCGGUGAGUAUGAUCAUGACCGCUCCAGGGCGGCUGAUUACGAGAAAGUUUACGUCAAGAGGGAUCACUACUUGUUCACUCCGAAUACAAUGCCCCUGGUGAGGAAGACACACAGUGCAGCUGGCGAUCGACGGGCACUGGAAUCUGCUAAAAGUAAUACAUCAAGAAGAGGAGGGGACUAUAUCAACAAAAAUGGGACAACAAGUGCUGACAUAGAUACGUCAGGGCAAAGUCAAGAAGCUAUUAAUGAUGACAAUCAAAGCAUUGUCACACUAUCAACUACAGAAUAUGAGAAUGCUAUUUUUCAUUCACAAUUUAAUAAUAAUAAGUCGUUACCUGAUUUACCUCGUUCGAGGCAGCUGUUGUCCCCUGCAACUUCGAUGAACAGCUCAGAUAGCCAUCGAGAUGUCGAAGGUAAUAACGUCCUUGUCGAGAAAAACUCGCUGUCACCUCAAAAAGGUUUGGAAAAUGUCCAUCUUGCUGAGAAAUUGGCUUCAACAGAAAUGCCCAAUACAGGCUCAUCUCAAUCUACUAACUCUCAUUUAGCAGCUCCCAUGGCUGAGAAGGGACAAGAAGCAAGUUUGAAGAAGACGAAUAGCUGCGGUACUCUGAAUCUCAUGUCGACAAACGCAUUUAUAUCGAAUAGCGAGCUAGUCAAAAAUGACAAAGUUUACAAAAUGAGAAAGCUCUACAUUCCUCGUUCUUGGGUUCUACAAAUUGAAGUUAAGGAUACAGGGUCAGGUAUCGAGCCGGCAUUGCAAGAAAAAGUCUUCGAGCCAUUUAUUCAGGGUGAUCAGACGCUUUCUCGAAGUUAUGGAGGUACAGGACUCGGGUUAUCUAUCUGCCGUCAGUUAGCAAAGAUGAUGAAGGGAACGUUGACGUUGAAGUCUACGCUCGGUCAAGGAUCGACGUUCACGUUCACCGUUCCGUUGCCUCAAAAUGGCGAAAUCCUUGUUCCAGAAGAUGAGAUGGAGGAGUUCUGCAACGAUGUUUUUAAUCCAGAGGCUAAGAUCAAUAGGAAAGUGGCAUUUGGCGUAGCAGAAGAGCCUCAUUCGAGAACGCACUCGAAAGAAGAGUCUGAGGUGUCGGAGCCCGACAUCAGGAAUGGUGGGGCACCUUCUGACGCAUCUUCUAACAACAAGGCCUCUCCGAAGAAAGGCUUUCAACUCAAGCUACCUCAAAGGCACAACAGCCACCUUUCUUCGACAGGUACAGCAGAGCGUAACAAGAGUGGCAUUAGCUUCCUCAACGAUUUGACUCACCUCAAGAUCUUGGUAGCAGAAGACAAUUCGGUAAAUCAAGAAGUCAUUAGGAGAAUGCUCCGUCUCGAAGGAUUCCAUAAUGUAACUAUGGCAAGCAAUGGCCUCGAAGCAGUCGACUGUAUUAAAAGCUCAUAUGAGACUGGUGAGCAUUUCAACAUCAUAUUCAUGGAUGUGCAGAUGCCAAAGAUGGAUGGUUUGACGGCCACUAAGCUCAUACGAAACAACCUCAAGUUUCGCAAGCCUAUUAUCGCUUUGACUGCCUUUGCUGAUGAAAGCAAUGUCAAGGAGUGUUUGAACUCUGGUAUGUCAGGAUUCCUCUCUAAACCCAUCAAAAGAACCAACUUACGUCAAAUAAUCACCGAGUUCAGCACCGAGGUGUUGAGCGAGAUCGUCACCACCCCAGUGACAUACACAGACGAUGAUGAACGAAGAUUAGCAUAA